CAGGCAACAGUGGGCUCAACAUGACCGCGUCCUCUAUGGCUCACAACGUGGGGAGACACUCGAGUGCUAAGGAGGAGAGAAAGUUAAGGAAGCCACUUAUUGAGAGAAAAAGGAGAGAGAGGAUAAACACUUGUUUGGAUCAACUCAAAGAAACGGUGAUCGGAGCGUUUAGACUAGAUCAAUCGAAACUUGAGAAAGCAGAUAUCCUAGAAAUGACCGUGAAACACCUGCAGAACAUCCAGAGUCACAAACGCAAUGCCGAUCCCACGUUAGGCCUAGAGGCGCAGCAGAAGUACAGCACGGGCUACAUCGAGUGCAUGCACGAGGUCCACAACAUGCUGCUGACCUGUGAGUGGAUGGACAAAGCCCUGGGCUCCCGCCUGCUCAACCACCUGCUGAAGUCCCUGCCCAGGUCCACCGACGAGCGCCCCCUACAGCGCACCCCAAGACAAGACACGCCUGCCCUGGCAGAGCUCCCCGGCACACCCCUCAGGGGUGCCGGGGGCCAAAUAGCCUGGCCCCAGGAGAGGGUGCUGCGGUUGCCAAGUAGCCCCAGCCACCACAGUCCCCUGGGUCUGCUGGAGAUGUGGAGGCCCUGGUGAACAUGUGGACUCCAUUGUACUACGAUGUCGAUUCUCCCAUUUUUUGUUAGAGCAUCUUCUGUUAUGUAUCUUAUAGAUAUGCUACUCUGAAAACAACCAUGUGUGGGGCGCUUUUUGUUCCGAUACUUAUGAUUCUAGGUGUGCUAGAUGAAGACCCUUUCCAGUACUUCCUAUCUGAAGUCGAUAUCCCGUAGCCUGCAUUAUAGAAGGCUCCUAUUAAUCUCUCUUGUAUUUAUUGUGUUAACAACUUUAUUUAUUCGAUAUUAUAAGAUGACCAAUGUCUCCGUAGAGCUGUUGUCCAGCACUGUCUUUUGGUUUACUUCCUCCUCUAUACCAUUUGUAUGUUUAACACAAAUAUUAAUAAAAAUAUA